CGACUCCCCCUUCCGGGUGGAUAUCGAGCUCACCGACGCGUCCCAGCUCAGUGUGCGCCUGCAGAUCGACGAGGCCGAAACGGCAAACCGGUUUACUGUGCAUUGGGGCGACGGGACGACGGCGCCCGACGGGGAUUUCGCUUCUUACGUACGCUGCUCUGACUGCUUGCCGGACGCCGGCGGACGACCAGCGAACGGCACGUCCGACCUGCCUGCCGGGGCUAUCAACCACACAUUUGCGGCCACGGGCACGUAUUCCGUCGUGGUGCGCGGCGAGAUUGCGGGCUGGGAGGAUCUAAGGAUUAGCUCCGCCGCGGAAACGCCAACCGCGGCGGAGUCAACACGAACAUGGAAGAGCAGUUUCCGCACGCUGCGCGCGGUCGGGAGCAGCGGCGGCAAACUUUUUCCCUUCUUGUUCCAGGAAGCGACCUCGCUGAUGCCAGAGGUCCCACAGACAGCGCAGUUGCUGCUUAACUACUGGACCUCCGCAAACAGUACUCAGUCCAUGUUCGAAGGAUGCUGCCAGAGUCUGACCGAGCUAGACGUGUCUUCCUACGAAACCUCGAUGGUUACGAGCAUGAGCCGCAUGUUCCAGAAUGUGAGCAAUCUGGUGCGCCUCCCUGGGCUGGGAAAUUGGGCCUCAAAAGUUGCGGAAGUGACGGACUUGUCGUACACCUUUUCUGAGCUGAACCUGUUGGAAACCUCAGCGAGCGCCGGCCUCGCCGCUAACUACGCGACUACGGCCCUCAAUGAUUGGCAGGUGGGAAAGGUGAAAACACUGCAGAGUAUUUUCCAAGACACCCCGCUGGCUCACUUCAACGUGGCGAAGUGGGACGUGUCGCAGGUGACCGAUUUGAGCUACGCCUUCGCCAAUGCCCGGGCCUUUGACCCGGCGGUGGGCGACUGGG